GUGUGGGCCAAAAGUGGAAAGCACUAGGCAUCACUGAUACAGUCACCAAUGCUAUUACCAAUGCAAAGUGGGCAGUGCAAGUGAUGUGCGGUGACGCCCUUGAGGCAAACUCAGCAGCGUUUGCGAUUGAGAGGAAAUUGCUGGCAGGGGUUCAAGUGGCAAAGUUUCCAGAAGAAAUGUCAAACUGGCGGAAGAGAGCAGAGUGGUUGGUCAGGGGCUUUGAUUCUCGAUCGAAAGCUACAGUCACCGCCCUUCAAGACCUUGUUCAGUUCUUGAAUGGCAACACUGCUGACAGUCAGGGGCGUUUGGUGCACUGGUGCCUAUUGCCGGCCAGCAAUGGUGGCCAAGUAUGCUGUGAAAGUGAGGGUGACGCAUGGAAUCGCUUGAUUUCCUGCUUGACAGCAUUUCUCGCUAAAGGCUUUGCAGUGCCAUUGCUGUACCGAAUGAAACAUUACUGCCAGGCAUCCAGCUAUAUGCGAGUUGCCACCAACCUGCAUGGCAUUUUGCCACGAAUUUUGCAGGAAAUGGAGAGCAUCAGUAUGUCAAGCGCAAGCAGCAACAGCAAACUUUCUGAAGUGGUCGAUGUGUUGUUGGCUGAGAGUAAAGUCGGGCAACAGCCCUCACAAGGGCUCAGCAAUGAAGAUUUUCAAGCGCUGUUGGGUGAGAUGCUGACUGAAAACGCAGACUACGCUGCGCAAAACGGGGUUCGCCGCAAGAUGGUCUUAGCCGAGGUGUCCAAGGAAACCUUCAGCCAGUCAUCCAUCAUCAUUGACAUGUUGGUACAACCGCUGGAGCGUGCAACAAAUUUUUUCUUGAAAAGGACAAAGCUACUUUACGACAUGCAGUACCUUAGCCGUGCCAAUCCUUGCUAUGAGGAACAGGGGCGUGAGUCCAAGGAAAAAUUCCUUCAAGUGAUUCAGGGAGACCUGGGCAAAGAGCUUCUUCGAUCCUACAUCGGAGUCUUGAGCAACAGUCUCAAGGAAGCAACGGCCAUGGGACUACAGGGGACACAAGAACAGCUCAACCUCAUUUUUCAAAUGGUCUGUGUCUCAUUGACAGACUUGCAAAGGCGGUUGGUACAAGAGUUCAUGCAGCCACCAUACACUUUGCUUGCGCUAGCAAACGCCGAUUUCCCAAGCUUUGUUUCAGGGUGGCAACAGUUGCAGCAAAGGCACAAGAAGUGCAAGCAAUGUGUAGAUGUUGAGUUCACAUCUGCUUUGCUCAAUGCAUACCCCACUCGCAUGUCUUCCGAGCUUACACCAGAGCAAGCGCCAGAGGUUGAAGAGGUCCAGGCCCUUUUGAGGGCAAUCUGCACAUGGUGCCCUCUCACAAGUGAUGCAGAAGUGGCUGCAGUCCAACGAACCCAUGGCGCUGCUCAUGAAACACCUGAGGACAGAGAGGCGCGCUUGGCACACGCUGUGAGUCGAAAGGUUCGGAAGAUUGCGGGUUGGAAUGUCUAUUGCAAGCAGCGAUUGGAAGGAUCCGCUUUCAACACCAAAGAGUAUUCUGAACGAGUGAAGCUCAUUGGACAAGAAUGGAAGAAUAUGUCACCAGAGGAGAAAGAACCAUUUGCAGUUGAAGCUUCUCACCAGAAUGAGCUACGGCAAGAGUUGGCCGAAACACCACUUUCUGUUGGAGCCCCGGGAAUGCCAUCCCGGGCAACACAGCUUGAAGCACAAGUUGGAAGGAAUGGCUGCAAACAUUUUGCGGCAAGACGGCUUUUACUCAACCUGGCCCAAUAUGAGCAACACUCCACGUGGCAGCUACCAACAUGCUCUGGAGCACUGAAAGCAUCGCAAAUAGAUAUGCGCAUUGGGGACACUGAAGUUUCGGAACGAUUGGAUGAAACAAUGCACAAAGCAGUCACUGGGACUUCUCUUGAGUCUGAGAUUCCAGAGGAAAUCCUGGGCAACCUUGAAGUUCAUGAUUCUCCGUGUCCUCAUUUCGUUUGCCAACUUGACCACAAUUAUUCCCGUAUGGAGCAGAUGGUGAAAGAUCUGUCAUGGAAGCUUGAAGAGCAUAAGAUUCACCCUGGUUGCCUCCUUGUGUUUUCAAGCUCCCACUGUCGUGACGUCAGCCAUCCACGGAUUAUUGGUGUGUCUGCCAAGAAACCCAAGUUCCACAUGUUUUUGAAAGUGGUCCUCGAGCAUGACCGAGUGUUGCUGACAAGGUCUCAUGAUGCGGAGCCCGAGUUUGAGUCUUCACAUGAACUUUUCUUGAUGCUUUUGAGGUUGUCGGAAAGCACACCUGACACUGAGUGCAAUGUUGAAGUUGCCGUUUGGGAUUGCAAUGCCUUUUUAGUGUCUCAAGGUCAAGGUCCGACAUGUUUGCUCCAGAGUAGUCCUGAUUCGUUGCGCUGCCAGUUCAUUGUCUCCAGUGUGAAAAGAACAAAGAAAAAUAUGAGAAAAUUUCCUUGCCCUUUGGCUUUGACAAAAGCAUCAAGAGGAAGCGCCAAGCAGCGCCAAAAAAAAGUUCUUGGGAAAAUGGUAAAGCCCAAGAGCAAAGCAGCCAAAGCCAAAUCCCAGAAGA